AUGUUUUCAAGAGUCCUGCUAUGGCUCUCCAUAGUGUCCCUCGCCUCGGCCACUCUUCCCUGGAGCAAAGGUGAUGUGACACCAGGUCUCAAGACAUCCGAAUCUGUGUCCUUCGACCCGCUUGCAGUCCUCGCGAUUCUCUGGAACCCGCGUGCUUCAGUGAGUGCAUCGAGGCUCUAUUCUCAGCCUCAUCGCUCAGAGGCCAAGCGACUGCGAUGGCCGCAUCUCAUGCAGGUUGGCGCAGUAACUGUGCCUGUAUCUGUACUAGUAGGCCAUUUUAUACGCAAUUACCGCUCUAUUCAUCCCGGGUUGGAAAUGUUCAUGGGCAAUGUGGACAAUCUCAAUGUCAAGUCGACCAUUGGCAAAGUAAUCAACUUGUUCCCCACACUACCCCUGAGCGGCAGUGAAUCGAGCUUCGUCGACUCGCUGGCAUUUCGCCCGUCAAUGCACCCGAGGAACGACAUUAUCAUUGUUUCACUUUUGCGGCCCGGAAGAAGGGCAUUAGCUGAAAAACAUGUUGUCCCGGAGUCACAACACGGCAAUACAAGAUACAGAAUGAAAUGGCUUCUUGGCAAAAUAAUCUUUGGACUGACUGAGAUUAUUAUGGGACUAUUACUGUCAGGAGGACUGGUAUUCAGUGUCUUGCUAAACGAUAUUUGGGGUGUAGUGCUUUUUGGGACCUAUUUAUUACAUUGGCUGGCGUCUACAGCAGUCUCUUUCUGCCAACUAGUUGAAUCGGAUACGUGGAAGGCAGAGUUGAACAUCAGACAAGACGAUGAAAUUGUUUUUGCUAUUUAUGAGCGGCCAGCGGGUGGGUGGGUCAUCUUUAAAGGCACACAGGAGACUAUGGAGAGAUGGGCUCGCACAUCAUGGUGGUUUGCGGACAACAAACUGCAUAAUAAACUAGUCCACUGGUCAUGGAUGAUAACCGGUCUUUUGGCAGCCCUCGCUUCGGUUGCUAACAUGGUCAACAUGACGGGCUACAUGCAGCUAGGCUUCCUCGGAAUCCUGGUGUACGGUUCCCUGGCUGAGCUUUGGUUGACGGUCGUGGAUCAAAUGUUUCAACCAGAAUCAAUGAGCUUUCUUGGCCCAUAUAGCACACGCACGGUGGCAGCCAACGACAAGAAAUACAAGAGUAUCAUACAGGCUUGCCUCGGUGUUGACGAUACUCAUCGUCUCGGUAGCGUACCAUGGACCGCACUGGGACUGCUUCCAAAUCGAGAGCCAUUUUUGGCUUUGGAGCAGCUGAUUCGGAAUUUGCAUAAGGCUUCUUGUGCAAAUGGAGGUGUCGCAGAAGAAAAUUCCCUUGAUAGCGCUCUCUCCGAGUUUGACAGCUCGUGCAGUGACUUGCACCAAGAUGAGGCGGACUAUUCGCGGGGUAUUCGCAACGAAGUUGAAAGAGUGUGGCGAGAGCGGAUGGUAAAUCAAGAGGGGCAGCAGCGGGAGGAGGAGGUGAAGAAAGUCCCGGUGUGA